UCCAACAUGCGGCCAGCAAAGUCUCUGAUGUCCAUUUCCAAUGCCGGGUCAGGCUUGCUCUCCCACACAUCCACUCUGACUGGUACCCCCAUCAUGGAGGAGAAGCGGGAUGACAAGAGUUGGAAGGGCAGCCUAGGUAUUCUCCUGGGUGGAGACUACCGUGCUGAAUCUGUUCCAUCCACACCCUCACCUGUGCCCCCUUCCACUCCUCUGCUCUCGGCUCAUGCCAAGACAGGUAGCCGAGACUGCAGCACCCAAACCGAACGUGGAACGGAACCAAACAAAACUGCAGCUGUUGCUCCCAUCUCUGUUCCUGCUCCAGUUGCUGCUGCUGCCACUGCUGCUGCCAUCACUGCCACUGCUGCCACCAGCACUGCCACUGCUGCCACCAACACCACAAUCAUGGUAGCUGCUGCUCCAGUUGCUGUUGCUGCUGCUGCUGCUCCAGCUGCUGCUGCUGCUGCCCCAUCUCCAGCAACUGCUGCUGCUAUUGCUACUGCUGUUGCUCCAGCUGCUGCUGCUCAGAUUCCAGCUGCCGCAUCUGCUGCUGCUGCUGCUCCUGCUGUUGCUCCUGUUCCUGCCACUGCUGCCGCUGCUGCUUCUGUUCAGGUUGCUCCAGCUGCUCCAGCUCUGGUUCCAACUCCAGCUCCAGCUCCAGCUCCAGCUCCAGUUCCCGUUCCUGCUCCAGCAGCAGCUCAGGCUUCUGCUCCGGUUCAGACUCAGGCACCAACUUCAGCUCUGGCUGUGGCUCCUCCGCCAGCUCCAACUCCAACUCCAGCUUUGGCUCAGGCUGAGGCUCCUGCAAGUCCAGCUACCAGUUCUGGACCACGUUGUUUGUCUAUACCAAAUUUGACCUGCAAUCUAGACAAGACAGAUGCUCCUGUUUUCCACUCCAAUACGCUGGAAAGAAAAGCUCCCAUUCAGAUCCUGGGACAAGAACCUGAUGCAGAGAUGGUGGAAUAUCUCAUCUAACUGCCCAAUCAAGAGCUGCAAUUUAUCAGCAAAAAUGCUUUCAAUCAUUUUCCCCUUUUGUUUGUUCUUAUUCUGAUGGUGAAAAAAAGGGUUGGGGGAGGGGAUGUUUUUUAAAGGGACUUUUUAUUGGAACAAUAUAAUACCUUAGUAAUACCAUAAGAAUUCCAGUCUUAUUCUGGUAUACUCCAGUAUACCUCUAAAGGGUAGAUUAAUCAGAAUGUGCUCCCAAGUUUAUUGUUGCGAUUUAUACAAAUACUGGAACUGUUAACAGGUAGAUGAUAUGCAUUGAUGUUUCCAAAUGCUUAAAUUUCUUUAAAAUUCCCCUAUUCAAAAUCAUUUUUCAUUGAAGAGCACAGUAUGUGUGGAAGGCAGUGUGUAACAUGUAGUUCAGAAGUGAAAAGUCAGAAAGAAUUUGAGUAUGUGCUGCUUUUGUGACUAUCUAGACAGCAGCCACAAAAAGCUCUUACCUCUGGCUCAUGAAAGGGGAUUGUCUUAGAAGCUAUGGAAGCUGGAGAAAAGGUAGGAAGUAUUGGGGUGCAGAAGGUGCUGGAGCUAAUUUUCCCUCCCAGUUUCCAGCUACCCUGUCCAAUAGAAUGUGUUUAUCUUCAUUUCAGCUGUACUUUGGAAGUAGAUUCUUUUGGUGCCCUCAUGGAGGUUCAUAUGUUCAUAUAUAUACACUCUGGAGUAAUUUAUGCAUUUGGAUAAUUAAUAUAUUGCUCUCAGAUGCUAAGAGAGUAAAUGAACUGAGUGAUGCACAGCUUCCUCUCUUGUAGGGAGUUAGACAUCAGAGGCCUUGAUGGAGGGCUGCAUGAGAUGCUGCAUGCAGACUUUUGUGGUCUGGGUGUAGCCAUGAACUCAGCUCAUUUGCUUAGACCAGUCAGCUUAGUGUUUAUUUCUUCCACUACACAGAUUCGCUGGCAGGGUCACCAGUCUCCAGUUGCCAGUCAUUUGUAAAAUGAGGAAGCAUUUUUUGGUAACUGUUUGAAUGCUUUGAAUUUCUGAUGGCCACUUUAAAAUAAUUAGUUUUGUUUCUUCAAAUUCUUAGUAUAUGUCUUCAAAAGCAUAUGAGACUGUCACCUUCAAUGGAAUAGUAUCAGAAGUCCAAUGUACCAAGCUGCAGUCAUGGGGAGAGGUUGGUUGUAGCCAUCUCCUCAACUACCUCUUCUCACUGCCAGUUAUUCUAUCUUGAACUGUCUUUGGGAAGCAGUGGAAAUGCGCAUGUGGGUGAGGACCAAAGGACACUGCAGCAGCAAGUCCUGCCAUAGGGCUGUCUCCAGGGACACAGAGGAAUGCCAGUUGCCACAGGUCCUUGGCCUGCAUCACCUCUCUGCUCUUCAUUAAGGUGAUAAAUAUGAAGAUAGUUCCAUUAAGAUCAGUUUUCAGGGGUAUAGGGAGGGUGAAGGGAGUUGGGGGGGUGUUAGGUAAGGGGGUAGAGGUUUGGGGAUGUGUUAGUUAGAAACCAGAUUAAUAGAAGAGUAGCUUGAUACACUAAUGUGAUGAGCCAUAGUGGUGGGAAGGACCUUUAGCAGUAUAGCCCUACCCUCUAAUUUUAGUGAUGAGGAAUAUAAGACUUGGAGAGGUUUAGUGACUUUUGCAAGAUCACAAACAGCAUAUCUGUCCACUCUGCCAAUUGCCAUUGCCUAUUUUUAGAAACACUUAUAUACAAAAAAGAAAAGUCCAUUCUUAAGAAAAGGCAUAUUAUUCAUGGUUCAGGGUGUAUGCAUUUUGUUAAAUGUCCCUGGAUAGAGUAGAUUUUUAUCUUGCCUCUCUCGUGUAGUGCCUUGUACAGGUUUUUCCUUUCCUGAUUCUCAUUUCAACUUGGUGUCACAUGAAAAUUCCUCCUAAGAAAUCAAUGCUACUUUUUUUCUUGCUAUGAGAUUGGGUGUCAUUGGUCAUUUUACAGGGCUCCUCUUUAAGUAUAGGAAUGGUGUGUUUAUCCAAACUCUUUUUAGUUUCUAAUUUUUCUAAAUGAAUUAUUUUGUGUAUGUAUGGGUGGGAGGAGAAACAAGAGGGACGGCAAUGUGAUUUUCAGCCAGUCUUUUCACAUUUUCAAUAAUGAAGUGAUCAUCCUAUACGUUAGUCCUCAGUUAUAAAGCAAAUAUCAAGUAGAAAUUAAAAGUGAAGUCUUGCUAAUACUCAUUCAUAUUACCCUUUAGUCAUAAAGGGAAAAUAUCUUCAAAUAGUAGAAGUAGCAAGUAGAAACAUCAGGAGAGCAGAUAAAUAAAAAUAAACAUUUCAUGGUGAUAAAACAUUGCCAGAGUUUUUGCUAGCUCUUGGAACCACGAUUGUAAUCACUUCUGUUCUGUAAGGUGACAGAUAUCAUACAUUCCACACUGUGGCAGCCAUCACUUUGACUCAUGUGUUUUGGAGAAAAAAGGAAGUUCUUGCCUAAGUACUAUUUUGAACUUUCCAGAACUUCUCUGCCCUCUCAGAAAGAGGCAGUCCCUCUCUGUUCAAUGUUCAAUCUCAGGUAAUUUGCUAAAAUAACAUUGUACAUCUAUGAGAUGGAAGAAGACCAUAUUGGUAUAUCCUGUUUACGGAGAAUAUAGAUUCUGCCUUUUCAGAAAGGUGUCAUUUUAAAAAUUCAAGUUCAUGGGUAAAAUCUCAAGUUAGCCACCUUUUCAAAAUUGUAUGGAUGUAACAUUUGGUGUAUCUUUCUGUACUUUUAUCUAUCUAUGCAUUUUACUGGCACCUCAGGACAGGAGGGUGACCUUGUCUUAAUUUGUACUGUCUGGUGGUCUGUGGGGACCUUCUAAUUCAGUUGUACCCCAGUGUCCCAUGUAUAGGAAAACUUCAUUAGAAUAAUUUACUUGAUAUAAAACUCUUAUUGACAAUGUUUUGGAAAUAAAAGUAGCUUGAGCUUUCUUUUAAAAUAAUGUAUCUUGGUUGUUGACUUAAUGAAGGAUUUAGUCUCAAAGCUGCUUUUGAGCUGCAAGGUGAUAGGACAGCAGGAACUUGAAUUAUCUGCCAGCAUCUGCCAUAAGAAACAUACCAAGGGACCUACCAUAAUCUCUUUUUUGUUGUUACACUGUUGGGUGGGUAUAAUAAUUAGAAAUGAACAAACUGAUUUCCAAACUCUUUAUAAAGAGCUUAAAUUAUGCGGUGGCUUAUGAUAUAUACAACAUAUGUGCUAACUUUGAUAAAUUAUAUUCUCAUGUCUGUUAGCCAUACAAUUUCCUGUUAUCUCAAAUGCUCAAUUCAUAUAUGGAAUAUAUUACUUUAAAAUGUGUGCCUUCUUAUUGAAAAUGUUUUCAAAGCAAAGAAUCAGUUGUGAGCCCAUUGCCACCAGUUUCAUCCCACUAUAAUCCUUAGAAAUACAUGUUCCAAGUGCCAUCCAUCAUCAGUAGGACAAGCGUCGGGAGUUUGUUUAUUUUCUUCCAGUAGCAAUGAUGAGUUACACGGAGCUAGCAAACCUCCUUCUGACCUCCCUUUUGAUUAAUGGCAUGUGUUUGUAAAAUGGUUAGCUGGGGUUGGCAGAUGGCUAGUGAAUAAUUGCCUUUGGUUUAAAAUGUAUGUGGUCCCAUAAUGAUUAUGAUCCUAUUCUGUAAUCAGUGGAGUUAGUUCCAAUAAAGUUAAGCAGGUUUAAAUCCACUUUGUGCCUAUCUUUUCACUGACAAUAAAGUUAGCUAUUUUAAAAU